CUAACAGGAAAAAUUAUUUGAAAAAUUCUCAACAAAAACAUCUACAUUUGAUUUCACUGUAACAGGAAGAAGAACCUUGCUAUCUGCUGAGCUAAGACGAGGAUCUCUCCUCCUAAUCUGGGCUUCCUGUCAUGGAUGAAGAGACCCAGCACAGCCUUGAAUGCAUCCAGGCCAAUCAGAUCUUUCCCAGGAAGCAAUUGAUUCGAGAGGAUGAGAAUCUUCAGGUUCCUUUCCUGGAGCUUCACGGCGAGAGCACAGAGUUCGUGGGCCGGGCUGAGGACGCCAUCAUCGCGCUGUCCAAUUACAGGCUGCAUAUCAAGUUCACAGAAUCUCUUGUGAAUGUUCCAUUACAGCUCAUAGAGAGUGUUGAAUGCCGAGAUAUAUUUCAACUUCAUUUGACUUGCAAAGACUGCAAAGUUAUCAGGUGUCAGUUCUCAACCUUUGAGCAGUGUCAAGAAUGGCUUAAGAGAUUGAACAAUGCAAUCCGGCCUCCUUCCAAGAUAGAAGAUCUCUUCUCAUUUGCCUAUCAUGCUUGGUGCAUGGAGGUUUAUGCCAGUGAGAAGGAACAACAUGGUGACUUGUGCCGGCCAGGGGAGCACGUCACAGCAAGAUUCAAAAAUGAAGUUGAGCGGAUGGGUUUUGAUAUGAACAAUGCCUGGAGAAUCUCCAACAUCAAUGAGAAGUACAAACUGUGUGGCAGUUACCCACAGGAACUCAUCGUGCCAGCCUGGAUUACUGACAAGGAGCUAGAAAGUGUAGCAAGCUUCAGGUCCUGGAAACGAAUCCCUGCUGUGGUCUACAGGCACCAAAGUAAUGGGGCUGUCAUUGCUCGUUGUGGGCAGCCUGAGGUCAGCUGGUGGGGCUGGCGGAAUGCAGAUGAUGAGCACCUUGUGCAGUCUGUGGCCAAAGCUUGUGCCUCUGACUCCAGGUCAAGUGUUGGGAAAAUACUCAAUGGAAAUUGCUCUCGGGAGUUCUCCAAUGGAGGUGACCUUUCAGAUGUGGAAUUUGAUUCUUCUCUGUCAAAUGCUUCUGGAGCAGAGAGCUUAGCUAUCCAGCCUCAGAAGCUUUUAAUUUUGGAUGCACGUUCCUAUGCAGCAGCUGUGGCAAACCGAGCCAAAGGAGGUGGCUGUGAAUGCCCAGAGUAUUAUCCCAACUGUGAAGUGGUGUUUAUGGGCAUGGCAAACAUUCAUUCAAUUCGGAAGAGCUUCCAGUCCCUGCGAUUGCUGUGUACACAGAUGCCUGACCCGGGAAAUUGGCUUUCUGCUCUCGAAAGUACCAAGUGGUUGCAGCAUCUCUCAGUAUUGUUGAAGUCGGCUCUGCUGGUUGUUCAUGCUGUGGACCGUGAUCAGCGGCCUGUGUUGGUCCACUGCUCUGAUGGCUGGGACCGGACACCCCAGAUUGUGGCGCUAUCUAAGCUUCUGCUCGAUCCCUACUACCGAACCAUAGAGGGCUUCCAGGUGCUCGUGGAGAUGGAAUGGCUGGAUUUUGGCCAUAAGUUUGCUGAUCGCUGUGGCCACGGGGAAAACUCGGAUGAUCUGAAUGAACGUUGUCCAGUGUUUCUUCAGUGGUUGGAUUGUGUCCACCAGCUCCAGAGGCAGUUCCCUUGCUCUUUUGAGUUCAAUGAAGCAUUCCUUGUCAAGUUGGUACAGCACACCUACUCUUGCCUCUUUGGGACAUUCCUGUGCAACAAUGCGAAGGAGAGAGGAGAGAAACACACACAGGAAAGGACCUGCUCCGUCUGGUCUCUGCUCCGGGCGGCCAACAAGGCCUUCAAGAACCUGCUCUAUUCUUCGCAGUCAGAAACUGUGCUAUAUCCAGUGUGCCAUGUGCGAAACCUAAUGCUGUGGAGUGCUGUGUACCUCCCGUGCCCCUCCCCUUCCACACCUGCUGAUGAUACCUGUGCUCCAUACCCAGUCCCUGGUGCCAGUCCUGAAGAUCAGCCUCUGAGUAGGCUACCAAAGACACGGUCGUUUGACAACCUCACAACAGUCUGUGACAGCAACGUGCCGCCCACCAGCCGGCGCAGCAGUGACCCCAGCCUCAAUGAGAAGUGGCAAGAGCAUCGGCGCUCCCUGGAGCUGAGCAGCCUGGGCAGCCCAGGGGAGGAGCCUUGUGAUGGAGACUCUUUGGGCAAACCAGGCAGGGCCUUGGUGGGAGCCGAGCUCUCAGUGGCUGCGGGCGUAGCAGAGGGGCAGAUGGAAAACAUCCUGCAGGAAGCCACUAAAGAAGACAGCGGGCUGGAGGAAGCCCCCCGGAGGAGCAAUGCCGAGGUGGCCGAGACCAAAGAGGGGGCUCUCCUGGAGAAGAGUGGGAAGGAGGACCCUGAGCACUCCAUUCCUAAGAAACCAGAAAUGGCACGAGGAGCUCUGAUGACUUCUCCAGGAAAUAGUGCACAUCAGCUCUUGGCAGGUUUCCCUGGGCAGCAGCCCGACGAGCCAGGGACUCUGCCCAGCAACCCCCAGGAGGCCCCUAGGAGGCCUGGCCUGCAGGAAGGUCCUGGGGAGACACCAGGGGACAGUGACACUCCACAGGAUGUGGAUGUAGAGAGCCACCCAUCCCCACUGCACCCCGAAGUUCCCUAUGGCUCCUCCCCGCCCCCAGCAGUGCCCCUGGGAGCGAGAACCUCCACUGCAGAAAGCUGUGUGGAAACAGUAAGAGAAGGGGAGGUCAGCGUAGAUGAGCUCCCCAAAGGGCCCAGUCAUAGACCUUGCCUCCUGGACAGUGGGGACGAUGAACUUUCUCGAGCUGAUGAGGAGCACCUGGUAGACAGGGCCAGGGCGGGCUCCAGAGUACCCAGGACUUCCCAUAGCCCAAUGCCUUCUUCCUGUGCCUUGCCCUUCGUGGAACCUAAAGAGGAGAUUGUGUGUAACGGAGACCUGGAGAUAGAGAACAAGGCCCUGGAGAACCCCCUGGGGCUGACGGUGCCCCAGAGAUACCCUGCCCCGAACGGACACUGUCUGGAUGGAGAGCACGGCAGGGCGAAAGGGCCCUGGAGUCGGCGGGUGGCUGCUGCCAGCAGUGGCUGUGCCCAGCUCCCCUUGCGGAGCGCUCAGGCCAAAUGGCUGCAGGGCCAGGCAGGCAGGCAGCCUGCGGCGGCCGGGGCCGGCAGUCCGGAGCAGCCCACUCGCAGUCACCUGGACGAUGACGGGAUGCCAGUCUACACGGACGCCAUCCAGCAGCGCUUGCGCCAGAUCGAAACGGGCCACCAGCAGGAAGUGGAGACGCUGAAGAAGCAGGUUCAGGAGCUGAGAAGCCGCCUGGAGAGCCAGUGCCUGAACAGCUCCCUGCGCUUCAAUGGGGACUUUGGGGACGAAGUGGUGAGUAUGCUGGGUCUCAUCAGGCGGCGCCGGCUGCAGAGACUUGCCUCUGGGCCUCGGGUCCGGCGCCUCUCCUGCUCAGAGUCUGGGGAUUGGUAAGGAGCCGCAGCCGCCUGCUUCCUGAAGGGGCUGUCCCGGAGGCGGCAGGUUCGGAGGGGAAGGUGGCGAGAGAGAGCCUCGCGGCCGGACCGCCGCGCUAGCGUCCCUCCUUCGGCUCGCUCGCAUCUCCGGGGGUGGCGGUCCUUUCGGUGGGGCUCACGCGAGGACAGCCAGAGUCACGCGGUGCGUGCAGAUGUCUCCCGAGACAGACAGGACUGCGCGCAUCGACAAGGAUGGAGCUCCUGGAGAAAGCCGGCGCGGGUGGCCUCAGCCCCCGCUGUUCUUGUCGAAGUGGAACGCCUGCACGACUUAGA